AUGCAAACUACUGGAGCCCAAACCGGACGCGAAUCCGCACUGCCGGCACUCUUCCGAGCUGUCGUCGAUUCGUGGCGUGUCCCGGACCUGCGCUUCAGAAUUCUCUUCACGCUCGGCAUCCUCGUAGCGUUCAGAUUCUUGGCGCAUGUCCCGAACCCGGGCGUAGACCUCGAACUGCUCGAACGAGCGUUCGAGGCGAAUCCGGUAUUCGGAGUUUUGGACCUCUUCAGCGGUGGGGCGUUGAGCCAACUCAGUAUCGCCGCGAUGGGUGUCUAUCCAUACAUCACCGCAUCGAUCAUCCUGCAAGUUUUGACUCCGGUCAUCCCGCAACUCCGGGAACUCUCCCGUGAAGGUGGCGAAGCGGGACGCCGCACGCUUAACCGGUAUACCCAUUACCUGACGGUCCCGUUGGCAAUUCUCCAAGGCUGGGCGUUGCUCAACACCCUCGAACUGCAAGGAGCCAUCACCGGCAUCGGUCUUGGCGGCGGCGAGUGGAUGAAUACCACAACAAUCAUCCUCUGCAUGACCGCGACGACGAUGCUCUUGGUGUGGAUGGGCGAAAUCGUUACAGAGAAGGGCAUCGGCAACGGUAUCUCGUUAAUCAUCUUUGCUGGCAUUGUCGCCUCCCUCCCACAGACCGCUGGUCAGAUGUGGGCGCUUCGUGACCAGGCGUUCCAAGUCACGAUGCUGGUUGCGAUGAUGCUCAUCAUCAUCUUCGUGGUGGUGAUCUUCAAUGAGGCUCAACGGCGCGUACCGGUGCAGUACGGACGGAGUGUGUUCCGCGGUGGUCAGAUGUACAGGCAAACGGGCGCUUCUUUCAUACCGCUACGCGUUAACGCCGCCGGUAUGAUUCCGCUAAUCUUCGCCUUUUCCAUCGUCACCCUGCCGGCGACUAUCGCCCACCUACCUCGCGGACCCGAGCAGCAGCAGCUUCACAGCUCAGGCUGCAAGUUGGGUCACGCGAACGCUGACAUUCACGAGCGACCCUUAUUGGGCGUUGAUAUUUGUAUUGACCGUCGGCUUCACCUUUUUCUAUGCACUGGUUGUGCACAACCAACAGAACCUCGCCGAAAAUCUUCAGCGGAACGGCGGUUUCGUGCCCGGCAUUCGACCUGGACAACCGACGCGGGAAUACUUGAUGCGCAUUGUGUUGCGAAUCACGUGGGCGGGCGCGAUCUUCCUAGGCGUUAUCGCUAUCACUCCAUGGAUAGCCAAUCUGAUCACUAA